AAAAAAAAACUAAGAUGGAGCAGAAAGAAAUUGACUUAAAAUCCUUAACAAUACCUCAAUUAGAUGAAAUACGUAAACAAAUAGAAUUAGAGUUAAAUUACUUUACAAAUAGUUUUUCAAAGUUAAAACAAGCCCAGUUUAAGUUUAAAGAAUGUAAGAAACUGGUUAAUACGUUGUUAAAAAAGGAGAAUAACAAUAAAGAAAUAUUAAUACCAUUAACAACGUCAUUAUAUGUUUCAGGAUUUUUAGUUUCAGAGCCGGAAAAGGUUAUGGUAGAUAUUGGUACGGGAUAUUAUGUUGAAAAGACUAUUGAUGGAGCAAUAAAGUUUUAUGAUGAGAGAAUAAAGUAUUUAGAAACGAAUUUCCAGGACUUAGAAACGCAUCUUAAUACGAAAUCAAGUAGUUUAAGAGCAGUUACAGAGAUUAUGCAAGAAAAAAUUAAGAAUCUUCAAGCAUCACCUAAUGAAAUAUGAAAUUAUUUAGAUGAAAUUUGAAUAAAAUGAGUAGAAUAUGAAUAAU